AUGAAUAGGCGUGCCUCUGUAUACCAUGUGACAUGCCUGAGGAAGAAAUGGACCAAGCUUUUAGAGAAGGGCAAGGAAUGGCUACAAUUUCCUGUGUACCAUACAGAGCCAGGAAAGUGCAAAGCCGUUGAAACAGCCUCUAAAUUCAAAGGGACAUAUAAGUGGCUAUUAACCAACCCUACUGAGACAGCCCAAACUAGAUGCAUAAAAAAUGAGGAUGGAAAAGCUACUAGAAUCUGUUCAAUCAGUAUCAACACUGGCAAAUCUCAGUGGGAAAAACCAAAGUUUAAACAAUGCAGAUUGCUUCAAGGACUUCCCAAUAAGAUUGUGGAUCUUGCUAAUAUUACCAUAAAUGAUGAGAAUGCACAUGAUGUUGCGGAGCACAUUUUAAAUUUGAUAAAUGAAUCCCCCCCUCUGGAUGAAGAAGAAACAAAGAUAAUUGUUUCUAAAGUAGCCGAUAUUUCACAAUGUGAUGAGAUAAGUAUGAACCUAACCCAGAUUGUAUUACAAAUAAUUAACGCUGUUUUGGGAAAGCAAAACAAUUCAGCAUCUGACCUGCAUGAAGUGAGCAAUGAAAUUCUGAGGAUAAUCGAUCGUGCUGGUCACAAGAUGGAGUUUUCUGGGAGGACAGCAAAUCUAACGGUGGCCAAGCUGGCUUUGGCUGUGCUUCAGGUGGACCACAAGUUUGAAGGGAUGGCCUUCAGCAUCCGCUCUUUUGAAGAAGGCAUAGACCCUGAGAUUUACUUAAGUGAAGACCCUCUGGGGAAGAUUUUGGCUUCUAUAUAUUUGCCUAAAUCACUGAGGGAGAGACUUCAUCUUAACAACUUACAGACGAUCUUGUUUAAUUUCUUUGGCCAAACUUCACUCUUCAAGAUCAAAAACUUCACUAAAGCAUUAACCACAUAUGUUGUGAGUGCCAGCAUUUCGGAUACAUCCAUUCAGAACUUGGCUGACCCAGUGGUUAUCACUCUGCACCACAUUGAAGGAAGCCCGAAUUAUGGUCAAGUUCACUGUGCCUUUUGGGACUUUGGCAAGAACAAUGGGCUAGGUGGAUGGAAUUCGUCAGGCUGUAAAGUAAAUGAGACAAACGUAAAUUACACAAUCUGUCAGUGUGACCACCUCACCCAUUUUGGAGUCUUAAUGGAUUUAUCCAGGUCUACAGUGGACACAGUGAAUGAAAGGAUAUUAGUGCUUAUAACAUAUGCUGGAUGUGGAAUCUCCUCCAUUUUCCUGGGAAUUGCAAUAGUGACGUACAUAGUUUUUCACAAACUUCGAAAAGAUUAUCCUUCCAAAAUCCUGAUCAACCUGUGCACAGCGCUACUGAUGCUAAACAUGAUGUUUCUGGUCAAUUCCUGGUCAGCAUCAUUUCAGAAAGUGGGACUUUGUAUCACAGCUGCAGUGGCUCUUCAUUAUUUCCUGCUCGUCUCUUUGACAUGGAUGGGCCUGGAGGCAGUCCACAUGUAUUUUGCUCUAGUCAAAGUCUUCAAUAUAUACAUCCCAAAUUACAUCCUUAAAUUUUGUCUAGUUGGUUGGGGAAUCCCAGCUGUUAUGGUGGCAAUCAUACUCAGUGUGAAAAAAGAUCUGUAUGGAACUCUGAGCUCAGGGACUCCAUUCUGUUGGAUUAAGGAUGAUUCUAUCUUUUACAUCUCAGUUGUGGCUUAUUUUUGCCUCAUAUUUAUCACGAAUCUCUUCAUGUUCUGCGCUGUUAUUGUUCAACUUAAUUCUGUGAAAGCCCACAGCCAGAAGACUCGGAGGAAGAUGAUUCUGCAUGACCUCAAAGGCAUAACAAGCCUGACAUUCUUACUCGGCCUCACCUGGGGGUUUGCCUUUUUUGCCUGGGGACCUGUGAGGAUCCUCUUCUUGUAUCUUUUUGCCAUUUUUAACACCUUGCAAGGAUUCCUCAUUUUUGUGUUCCACUGUGCGAUGAAGGAGAAUGUGCGGGAGCAGUGGCAGAUACACCUCUGUUGCAAGUGGUUUCGACUGGAUAACUCUUCUGAUGUGAGCAGCAGAUGUGGGCUGAAUGUUGGCUAUAAACAGGAGAAGUCGAGGAAAACCUUUGAACACAAAUUGUUGACCCCGUCCCUCAAGUCGACUACAACUAAUUCCACUUUCAAAUCUUUAGGCUGCACACAAGGCACUCCUUCAGAAAUAAGCUUUCCCAGUGAUGGCUUUGAUGAAGACCCCUUGAGUUGUGAAGUUGUGGCUAACUGUGGGAGAAGCAUAUUACCUGUGGAAAUCAAAAUGAAUUCCAUUCAUGAACAAAGAUUUCUUCAAUACUUCCCAGCAGAGAUACCAUCCCCCCUCCCAGAUUGGGGGAAGUUUUGAAUUUGUGAAACAACCUGCUCUGACUUCCUAUUCUAAGUAUUAAUUCGGAAGGGUCAGAAUGAGAUAGCAGUUAGUGAAUAUUAAAGUCAGAAUAAUUCUCUUAUUUGCUGAUGUAGUUUUUUCUUCUUUUAAAUAAGAUUUGAACCUAUAGUUAUGACAGGGGAGAAAUGUCUGCAACCUUGGAGAUCUUAUGUUUCAAAACUGUAAGUGUCAGACACUAGUCUACAGGACAAAUAGUCUACACAAACCACAGCCUCAUCUACCCUGAGACCAGAAGAACUAGAUGGUGCCUGGCUACCACUACCGACCGUUCUAAUCAGGGCCACAAUAGAUGGACCGUGAUAGAAUAGCAGAAAAAUGUGGAACAGACCCUCAAAUUCCUAAAAAAACAAAAACAGAAAACCAGACCUAUUGGACUGGUUGAAACUGAAGGACUCUCUGAGACUAUUUGCCUGAGAUACUCUUCAAACCUUGAACCAAAACUAACCCCUGAGGUCACCUUGUAGCUAAAUAACAAAUUGGCUCAAAAAAUAAUGAAUAUCACCCAUAAUUACUGUGCUUCAUCAAAAA